AUGCCCGAAGGCAGCCCCACCCCAGAGCUGCCCGUGGCCGUGCUCAUCGACGACGACGGCGCCUUCCUGCAGAGGGUGCCGGACGGCCCGCCGCAAGAGCUGGGCGUCCUGGCCCAGGCACUCUCUCCGGAGGCCGCGCUGCGCGGGCUGCUCGCAGCGCUGGCCGGCUGGCCAGUGGUGCGGGUGCGCGCCUCCGCCGCGGGCCGCCUCGCGCAGGGCGCGGGCGCGGGCGGGCUCGUCGGCGCCCUGCAGCAGGCCGCCGCGCGGUGCGGCGCAGGCCAGACAGCGGCGCUGACUCCAGGCGGGACCCACGGCGACGCCGCCGCGACACUCCAUCGGAGAAAAAGGAGUCUUGCUGCAACUCGCGCGCGUGUGGUCUGCAGGCCGUCAUGCUUGCAAGCUGGGGAGGGCUGGCUCUCGGCUCUAGCCGCAUCUGCACCACUGUGUCUAAUUUGA